GGCCUCCUCAGCGACCAGUAGGAGCGGCUCUUGUUGAGUCUUGGCUACCGAGUGGAAGCCGACAUGUCCGAGUUGCAGCAGUCGCUGAAGCGGUGGAAGGGGAAGCAAGAUGAAAUGACCGGAGCUUACUGGAGGAAAACAAAAGAAGCCAGAAGACAGGCAACAAAACAAUUCAAAGAAUCGAAAUUCUUGAAGAAGCUUGAGAAACAAAGGGCGGAACAGCAGAAAACAGAAAAGGAUCAAGAGGAAAAAAAGGAACAGAAAGGUCGUCUGCCUACUGUUAGUGUGGCAUUACCAGGAUCAGUUUUGGACAAUGCCCAGUCUCCAGAACUAAGGACGUACUUGGCUGGACAGAUAGCUCGUGCAUGCACUGUGUUUUGUGUGGAUGAAAUUGUAGUCUUUGAUGAACAAGGAGAAGAUGCAAAAACUGUGGAAGGUACAUUCCAAGGAAUUGGGAAGAAGGGACAUGCCAGUGUGCAACUUGCACGGAUCCUGCAAUACCUUGAAUGUCCACAGUACCUAAGGAAAUCCUUCUUUCCAAAACAUCAGGAUUUACAGUUUGCAGGUCUCCUGAAUCCACUGGACAGCCCACACCAUAUGAGGAUUGACGAAGAUUCAGAAUAUCGGGAGGGGGUGGUUGUUGAUAGGCCAUCUAAGCCCAAGAAAGGAUCAUUUGUCAACUGUGGCAUGAGAAAGGAAGUACAGAUUGACAGACAACUUCAACCUGGCCUCCGUGUUACAGUUCAAUUACACAAGAGUGAAAACCCAGAGGCCAAAAAUUUGAAGGGUACAGUUGUCGCCCCUCAUGUUCCCCGGACAGAGUCUGGUCUUUACUGGGGUUACACGGUUCGACUUGCUUCUUGCCUCAGUGCUGUAUUUACAGAGUGCCCAUUCGAAGAUGGCUACGAUCUUACAAUUGGUACAUCUGAGCGAGGGUCAAACACUGACAACACUACACUUCCCUCAUUCAGGCACAUGUUGGUAGUGUUUGGUGGUCUUCAGGGACUUGAGGCCAGUGUUGAUGCUGAUGAAAACCUCAAGCUUACAGAGCCUGGUGUCCUCUUUCACCACUACCUGAACACCUGUCCUGGUCAAGGCAGCCGUACCAUCCGCACUGAGGAAGCUAUUCUCAUCACUCUUUCUAUAUUACGACCAAAGAUUGACAGUGCACUCAGAAGAGCCGAUUCAAGUUGAAUUCAUGGAAACAUUUUACAACACGUCUCUCUUACUCUAACCUUGGAGGAUCAUUAAUUAUCAGCCAUUGCUCAUUCUCCUGACAGAUAUUGCUUAUCUCUAUAUUACAGAGAUCCAUUCCAUCAUGUGUUGCUACGUUUACAUAGGAAUCUGGAGAAUGUUUACCAGAUUAAAAGAACUAUUGGGGAAGAUUUAUAAUGCAUAUUUUCCAACGGUCAUGUUAUUCAUCUUCAAGCAUUCAAGUAAUUUUAUAGAAUGUGUAGAACAGGACCCAAACUGACUUAUCUUACAACUGCUAUUCUGGUGUUUUGUCAAUUUCAGAAUAAAUGGUUUUAUAGACAAGCUGAUAUAGUAUCUCUGAGUAGGAUCAGGAAAGCUUCUUGUUACCCUUCUUGGAGUCACUGAUUAGUGUCACAUUUCAGGUGUAUUGACUGCCAUGCAGAAUCACUCCAGUCUAAGACCACGGGCUGUUAAAUUGUAUUUUUAUGAUGAAUUAUUGACGUAAUAUGUGGAGUAAAGGCUUAUUUUUUUAAAAUAUUUCUGAUUUUUAGUUGAACUGUUACUUUGGAGAAAUUGUCACAGAUCAGGGGCAGACCAUUGAUUAUUCUCAUGAUUUUAUAAUUCUCUUUGGAUUACCCAAUUUCCCUCUUCCUGCCAUCUUCUGUAUUGCUCUGAAUCCUCAAAGAAUCUUAUUGACUGUUUAGUUCUAGCCAAGGUGUUUGGGCUCAACUUAGAGUCAUACAUAGCACAAAUAUAGGACCCUCAGCUCACUAUGGAAAUACUGACCAUCAAGUACCCAUUAUGUUAAUCAGUAUCUGCUCCAUUGGCAGCUGCCUUGAUUCAGGACUUCAAAUUUGGUGUGUAGAAAUUUAAGGGAGCAAUGAAAUUAAUACUUGUGUUUUUUUAUAUACCAAAGGUAACUGCUUCACAUUAGUGUGCCUGAGCAAGUUAUUUGUCAGGUCAAUUGACUCAUCAAAAACAUGGAAUUGAAAAUGCUACUUCCUGA